ACAGCGGGGACGCGCUGCCUGGAGACUGCGGAAGGCCCAGGCAAGAGGGCGCGGGGCAGCCCAAGGCCAUGGCGGGACACCCAAGAGAGAAGGUGAUUCCAGAUGAGGUCCAUCAGAACCAGAUCUUGCGGGAACUGUACCUCAAGGAGCUACGAACCCAGAAACUCUACACGCAGUAUCACGUGAAUCCCCUCCGCAAGAUUCAUACAGUCACCAUGAAGCCCAUGUCUUGGCAUGAUAACCUGGAGGAACCUGCAGAUGAUGAGUACAGUGUGGCCCAGAGAAGUGAUGCCACCCAACAAGCCAGUAGUAGCACUGACUCCAAAGCCCAGGUUCAUUCCAUUGUCCGCCUGCCUCUCUCCAGUGGAGACUUGAUAGGGCAGAAGAACUAUGGAGCUGCAAAUCCUUCUGGUGUCGGCAGCCAUACUUAUUUCAAUAUACAAAGAUUUGACCUCACUUCUUACAACCUUGCUCCUCACUCUCUGUUGUGCUACACUGGCUGAACUCGCUCAUGCCUCGGGGCCUUUGCUCUUGCUGCCUGCGGUGUGCUCUUCCUCUGCCUCUUCCCAGGGCUGGCUCCUACUUGGCAACCAGAGAGGCCUUCUCUCGCCGCCCCAUCUACAGCAGCUGCCCUUGCCUGCACAUGACCCUUCACCUAUUCCUUUCUUCACAGCGCGUAUCCCUGUCUGCCACCAUCACGUCAUUUUGUAAACCUGAAUACUGUGUCCUCUGCCCCAUCUAGACCAUGAGCUCUAGGAGAGCAGGGACCAUGCUGUCCCUCAGCACUCUGCCCAGCACCCGGAAGCAUGCCUGGCACAGAGUUUGAGCUCACCACAUAUUUGUUGAAAGAUGAGUGGAGAGACCAGACACCCUGGUCUUGAGACUGAGGCAAACCUCCGAGGCCCAGAUGCUCUGCCUGAAAGGAACAAUGUGGAUGCAGGAAAGGGCACAGGACCAACCUCUGGUCCCAAAGCCUGACUCCUUCAUAACUCAUACCUCAUCUCCCAGCCAGGUUUCUGAAUCUCAUUCACCAUGCUGCCGAGGGACCAAGGAAGAGGUACCCAGAGACACAGACUGAAAACCAGGAAGUUGGAUGGGACUUAGAGCCCUUG